ACAGCUGUUUACUUUUAUUUCUGUCACAAUGACACAUGACUAAUGGGGUUAUAUUUGUUUCUGCAGUCAUUUUGAACGAUUUUAUUAUCAAUUUGUGAAUUAACGAGAGGUUCCGUGAACAUGGCAACUAACGAAGAUAAUCAAAAUUCGACAAAUAACAAAAAUAUGGAACAGUGCUACGAAAAUUAUAUUCUUGUUGAUGUUGGUGCAAAUUUAACCAAUAAAAAAUACAGCAGGGACCUGGAAUCAGUCAUACAAAGGGCACGCGACUCAGGUGUCCAAAAAAUAAUGGUGACAGGUACUUCGGUGAAGUGUAGCAAAGAAGCCCUAAGAUUGACUAGAAUAUAUCCAGGCACUUUGUAUUCGACUGCAGGAAUACACCCCCAUGAUGCCAAAUCAUACACCGACGAAUCUUGGAACGAAUUAAAAAUACUUGCAUCGAAUCCCGAAUGCGUUGCGGUUGGCGAAUGUGGCUUAGAUUAUAAUCGAAACUUUUCUGAACCGAGCGAGCAAAGACAGGUUUUUCAAAAACAUAUCGAACUAGCUAUAGAAAUUAAUAAACCAUUGUUUGUUCAUGAACGUGAUGCUCAUGAAGAUUUAUUAGAAAUUUUAGAUCAGUACAAAGGUCAAUUACCCCCUGUUCUUAUACACUGCUUUACAGGCACAGCUGAGCAGGCGCUAACAUAUCUUUCUAGAGGAUUUUACAUAGGAUUAACAGGUUACUUGUGUAAAGACAAAUCUGAUAUUGGCGUGCGGAAGCUGUUGGUGGAUGGAUCUAUACCAUUAGAUAGACUUUUAGUAGAAACAGAUGCCCCAUUUAUGUACCCGAAUACACGUGCUUCGAAACUACCUCUUCAUGUCAAGGAUGGCCUUACAGAGCGGUCAAUAACAUUUUUGCAUCGAUAUUGUACCUUCCAGAGGAACGAACCGUGUUCACUACCAGCGAUUGUCGAAAUGAUUGCAGCUUUUAUGAAUAAAAAACCGGAAGAUGUGGCCCUUGCUACGUCCUUUAAUGCCUUGAAAUUAUUCGGACUCUCACAAUAAUGAACAUCAAGACGCGAAACGAGGCAAAAUGAUUACUAUUUUACGCUUACGUCAACUUUUUGUAGAGUAUAUGAAACUAUGAAAUUAUUUAUUUGUAUGUAUUAGUUCUAUAUUUAUACGUUAUUAGUCGUUGAAUACGAAGAAUGUUUUGAAUCAAACGUUGAGACUCGGACGAGUCAAAACUUGUAUUUCAAACAUUUGUUAGUCUGCGCGCAAAUAAUGAAAAGUUGCAGCUUUUAGGGACAAAGAAUUGUAUUGUUUUAGUCGCACUAUUUAUAGGGCUUUGCGUUUACCUCGUUUGAACAACGAUUUUUCAGUAACAUAUUUUGGGAGUUAAAUGCAAAGCAUUGAAAAAGUAAUUAUAUAUUCACUGUUAGGACCAUUAUGAAAUUAACGAAAACUGAAAAAACAGUUUUUGGGUGGUUUUAAAUGCAUUAUGUUAAAAGCUAAAAGUGCAUUUAAAACCUAUGUAUGCGUUAGUUGAAAGAUUUUAUAUAAUGUUGUAGUAACAAAGCUUAGCUUUUGUUGACUUGUAUGUUAAAUUUAAAAACGAAUUAUGACGACACAAAAGUAAUUUACAAUGGUUAUAAAUUAUAUUAAUUAUAGUUAGUGAUAAAGCGAAUAUGAUAGGUAGGUAAUAAAAAUCUGAUGCAAUAUUUUUGUUAGAAUAUGAAUAUAUCCUAUUUUUUGUAACAAAAGAAUGUUGUGUAGUUUAAAGUGGCUGAAUAUUUUUUUAUAGUUUCUCUAAUCUGAAGUGUUUUAUAAUGCCAUUAUUGCCUCUUUAUGUGAUAUUGAUUUCCAUUUUAUAGACACAAACAGUGCCUUAUGUAUUUA